AUGAAAUGGCCGUGGCAUUUGGCGAAGCAGCCCACCAGCAACAAAGAUGCUGCUGCUGAGAGCGCAUUCUCUACACCUCUGUCCCAACCGAGAGCACCAUCGAGAAAGAUCUUUCCUUCAGGACUGAAGUUCUUCCACAAAAGUGAAAGUGAUGCAGUCGACGUCAUUUUUGUACAUGGCCUCACCGGAGAUCGUGAGAAGACGUGGAAGACAAAGAAAGCUGUCGCCCCGUGGCCUCAAACCCUACUACCGUCCCAUGUUCAUAACACCCGAAUACUCACGUUCGGAUACGACGCAUACGUGUCUGACUGGCAGGGCAUGGUUUCGAAGAACAGGAUUGGAAACCAUUCGAUGAACCUGCUCGCCGCCAUUGCGACCUACAGAGAAGAGGAUGAUACUAACGAUCGUCCCAUCAUCUUUGUCUGUCAUAGCUUGGGAGGUCUUGUCUGCGAGGACGCUCUCACAACGGCACAGCAGCGACCAGAAAACCAUCUCAAGCAAGUUCUCCAUUGCACUCGGGGGAUUGUAUUUUUGGGCACUCCACACCACGGCUCCGGCCUUGCACACUGGACAGAAAGUCUAGCCAAGGCCAUUGGCGUGCUCAAGCAAACGAAUCCGGAUAUCUUAGCCGUUCUUAAGAGCGACUCUGAGGUUCUCGAGCGAGUUCAGCAUGGAUUUCACACUAUGAUCCGGUCACGAGCUCAGGAUCGGCUUCCGCCAAUCGAGAUCACUUGUUUUUUUGAGGAGUUGCCCUUGCCUGGCAUUGGACUUGUAGUGCCGGCUCACUCUGCCACUCUUCCCGGAUACAUUCUAAUAGGGAUUCGAAGCAAUCAUAUGGAUAUGACCAAAUUUGAAAAUGCUGAUGACCCAGGCUUCAAGGCUGUUGCGGGCGAGCUUCGUCGUUGGGUCAAGGCCUUAGCUAGGUCUGAGAACGUAAGAUUGUCGCACGUUGAAAGUCCACAUAGAGAUAGAACGAGCGGAAAGGGUGUGGACAGAACGGGAGGGCAUCAGGCUCUCCAGAUAACUCAAGGUAGUCCUCAGUUUGGGUCGACUACAGUCAGUGGAGGGUCGAUAUUCCAGGGAAACCACGUUGGAGGACACGGCGGCAUCUUUUAA